ACGUCUACAGUGCAUGUAGAAAUCGAGUAUUCUCGACGCGGGUGAAUCGUAUUUAAUCGAUCCGCGUUCGAUUCCGGACGCGUUCACCAAUACAAAAUACUGUACUGAACUGUAUGAUGUUGUGGAAUCGAAUCAUGGGGAGGAAUCGCGAUUUGUAAUCGCCGCGGAGAGGAAUCGCUGGAGGGCCCCAGUCGACAACGGGGCAAGGUGAGCGGCGUGGAGAGCGAGUGGAGGAGCCAUCGUUGUGACUACGGUAGCUGUGGCGAUGUCUGGCGUGGCGGUGCAGUGGUCGCGCCCGGCCGUGCUCAGCUUGUACCGCGCGAUCCUGCGUGAGGGCCGGCGGCUGCAGUACACGGACAGAGACUUCUUCGUGUCUUCCGUCCGCCGAGAGUUCCAAAAACACCGCGACGUGCGGUCGACGGAGAAGCGAGAGCAACUGCUGAAGAAGGGAUGGAACUUUCUCAACAGCAAGCUCGGGGGGCUGAUGUGAGCGACAGCUGCGGUUAAAUAUUUCUGGACCUCCAGCCACUCGUUUGCAAGCGCUGGAUGGUUUAUGGGGGCUAAUGGCCAUGUCUAACUAGCACUAGUCCAGCAAAAGUCCUGACAGCCACCUGUGAUGAAAUCAUGUUUUCCGUUGUAGCAAGUUCAUCGUUUUUAGCCCAAUCGCAAAUGAAUGUAUAGAAAGACCGUACAAAUGUCAGUUUUUACUUUAUAUGACUUAGAUCAAAUAAUUUGGAGGCUUCUACUGAACAAGAACGAAGAUGGAAAGUAAGAAAAUGGGGGAGGCCUUUAUCCAGCAAUGGCGAGUUACAGGCUGACACCAACAGAGCUAGCAGCUCUUAUGGCUCAAAUUAACAAAAAUAUCAGAGACUGACAUGUUGGAAAUCACUCUUUAUGGAGCAUGAAUGAAUGCAAUUUGGUGUUGAAAAGAAGGGUCUACUGAAUUCAUGAUCUGCCAAGGGAUUUAUGACCAGAUGUGUUGUUUGACCUCAUGGUAGAACUCCAAUAGUACAUUUAGGAUACAUUUGAUAGUCUUAAACGUUAUGUUGGAUAUAAUGGCAGCAUUUCAAUAUAAUUUGCUUGAAAGUUGAAGGUCACUUCUGUUGAUGAAAAUUCAACUUACCGUAAAUACCACUAUAACACUCGUGUUUUCAUCCACGGUAUCUUCAUAUUCCAAAACUUAAAAUUCUAUCUGCACGUGAAUUUAAUAAUGUGUAUUUUAUUACAUUUUUUACGCUUUGGAUAAAAUGUCUCAAUGUUGACUGCAGUAAACACAUAUCUGAAGACCUUGUAAAGAACGGCCUUAGGAAAAGCUUCCUCAAUAAAUGUUGAUCAGUGUAGACUUUGAUUAGGGGCAGGACAGAGAAGUUAUCAUUUGUGAGAGCUAACAAGUGGUGCAACGUUAGCCAACAUUGCGUGCAUUUGAACCUGUAUUUGUUUGGUCCGAUUUUUUGCCCCAAUCUCAGUUAUUUUCCUGACUUAUACAUUUAUGAUAUUUUUGUCAUGAGUUUAAUAUCACCACUGUGUAAAUUCGGUAAAGAUUCAAAAUACCGAUUGAUAAUUAUUCAUUCAUGUUGAUGAGCUGUUUCUCCGCAUGUUGUGAGUCACGGAAAUAUUGAAUCAUAAAAACAUUUACGAUCGCAAAAUGUUUUAUUUUAUUUCAUGUC